AUGAUAUUUAACGAGUACAUAUUUUACGCCCUCUCGUUAGUAGAACUUUGCAAGGCUCAACAAAAUGUUUCAGUCUGUGGCCGGUUGCGUCAGGAUGGAGCUGAGCCCACAGAUGUUGUACAAAAUGUGCACCUGGUAAUGCGCAACAUACGUGGCACGUCCGCGUACUGGCACAAAGCGUAUACGGAUCUUCUUGCCAUGGUGAAAAAUUUAGGUCCUCCUCAUUGGUAUCUUACUCUCUCUUGUAACGAUUUAAAUUGGCCCGACAUGCUAAAAGCCCUUUUAGUUGCCGAUGGCCGCCCAAAUUUUUCUUUUGAAGAUUUGACCUUCCUUGAAAAGCAGCACCUUGUCGAGUCCUACCCAGUCACGUUAUCAAGACAAUUUAUGUUGCGCCUAAACACUUUGUUUACUAGGCUGAGAAGAGAAGAGGAUCCGAUUUUAGGAAAGAAAAUUAUUGAUUUUUGGUGGCGCAUAGAAUUUCAGCUACGAGGUAGCCCUCACGUUCACAUGGUUUUAUGGUGUGCUGAUAUGCCGGCUUUUGACACCCCUGAAGGUAUUCAGUUGCUGGAGCGUGUUGUCACGUGUGAGGUUCCCGACGCUGAGGACGACUCAGAGAUGCAUGAUUUAGUCGUUCAGUUACAAACACAUCGACACACUCAAACAUGCUUCAAAAAUAACCGAAACGUUUGUAGAUUCGCUUUCCCGAGACCAGUGUCUGAAAACACUACAAUCUUAGACGACGAGCAAGCAAUGAGAAAUGGUGGAAGAUUUUAUAUAUUAAAAAGAACAGAUUCGGAAACCAUGAUAAACUGCUACAAUUCGAGAUUAUUAAAACUGUGGCGCGCCAAUAUUGAUCUACAGCCUUGCGGGUCAGCUUUAGGUGUGGCGUACUACAUCUCAAAGUAUAUCUCAAAAGCUGAACCUGCAGAGGUCUCUAGAUCAAUAAGGCAAGCUAUAAGUGCUGUAAGAGACCGCGGUGGAAGCAACUUGGGACGGCUGGUUUUUGCUAUCCAAAACGCAAUCUUGUCUCACAGAGAAGUCUCUGCCAACGAAUGUGCGUUUCGAUUGUGUCAUUUAAAAUUAAGAGAUAGUUCACGUAAAUGUGUUUUCGUAAACACUUGCGCGCCUGAACAAAGAUACCGAAUGCUUAGGAUUGACACAGAAAGUUCCGAACCGUACAAAAAUGUAUUUGAUAGGUACGUUCACAGACCUCUUUCUCUGGAGCAACUUAGUUUAGGUGAGUUUGCGAAUUGGUACGAGGUUGCCUCUACUAGAAACGAUACAGAGGAGGAUGAACAAGAUGCUGAUGCCUAUGAUGCUGAGGAUGAGGACGUGUCUAGUCGUCGAUACAUUACCUUAUUAGACAACGUAGGUAGGAUGAAAAAGCGGACACGUCCAGCUAUACUCCGAACGCGUUAUUAUACGCUGUCUUCAGACCCAGAAGCAUAUUACUACUCAUUGGUCCUGACUCAUAUUCCGUUCCGAGCAGAGGAAGAGUUGUUGGAUGGUUUUAAUACUGCAAAAGAAGCUUUCUGGGCCAAAAGGCAUCGACUACGUCCGCUGCAAGAAGGUUUUGACGCCGAAACUAUGAUGCGGUGGGAAACUGAGAUCCAACAAGCUAUAAGCCGCAUUGUGGCAGAAAACUUGGCAGCAGGAACCGUUGAGGAACAAAACGAUGACGCAAAUGACAACAAUGACGUUCAGCCUAUUGAACACAUACUCGACGACGGCGGUCAUAAUAUUAUGAUCGAAGAAGUCGAAGAUGAACCAACUGACAUAGGCAUGCCAGACAAUCAGUUUGAAACAUUUGUAGCUUCGUUGAACAUGAGUCAACGACAACUGUUUCAAAAAAUUUCCCAAAAGUUAUUGGACGUGUCAAAUUCUGAUCCGUUACUAGUUUUUGUUACUGGAGGAGCUGGUACCGGAAAAACAUUUACCUUAAAAGUUAUGACUGAACAAAUUCGUAGGUUGAGUAACACUAAAAUAGGUAAAAACGUGAUUGUUACUGCACCAACUGGAGUAGCAGCCAGACUAAUCGGUGGAACUACACUGCAUUCCACUUUUGCGCUACCAAUUGAAAAGGGAAGAAAUGAAACAUUACGCCCACUAACAGGUGAAAGGCUGCAAAGGGAGCGACAAAAGUGGAGGCAUAUAAAUUGGCUCAUCAUCGAUGAAAUAUCAAUGGUGCCCUACUUAACACUGCGAAACAUUCACAUUCGCCUCCAGCAACUAAAACAGGAUCAAGGGAACUUUGGUGGUAUCAAUGUAAUUUUGUUUGGAGAUCUCACGCAGUUACCACCAGUUUCCAGAAUCACCGGUGGUUCUUACUGCUUCCGACAGCCGUCGAACUUAACUGGUGAAACAAAUCUGUGGCAAUUGUUCAGCUUUUGUGAAUUGCCACAGAAUAUGAGACAGGCAGGAGACAAUACCUUUGUGGACAUUCUCAAUAAUAUUCGUGUUGGUGAGUUAACGAUGGACCAACUUGAGAUCCUGGACAGCCGCAGAAUUCCACUAGAGGGUCCAUUUGCCGAUGGAGAGGCAGUUCGAAUUUUCCCUACUACGAAACAAGUCGAUGCUUAUAAUUCAGCCAUGACUAAAAAGUUGGGCAAAUCGUUAAAGCUCUACCAAAUAAACGCUGUUGACAUCUCCCUAGAAGCUAAAACCUACGGUCAGUGCCCUCGCAAACAAUACAUUUCUGACGACCCGAACAAAACAGGGGGCAUUCUCGGCACACUAACUAUUGGAAUUGGAUCUCGCGUGAUGUUACGCCGCAACAUCAAUGUAAACCACGGUCUGGUGAACGGUGCUAUGGGUAUCAUAAGAAGAAUUGAGUGGCCUUCUCUUCGCAGAGAGCAGUUAGAACCAGGUGAGUUACCGCAGGCAGUAUUCGUAGAGUUCGACGAUCGUUCUGUUAAGGGCAAUGAAUUGGGUGUGGGGGUUCGCAUAGAGCCCUCCACUGUCGACUUUGAUGCGCUUCGCGGACAAGGGAAGAUUGAACGUCGGAUGCUGCCUUUGAUACUUUGUUGGGCUGUAACGGUACACAAACUGCAAGGUACCACCUUGGAUCGGGCUGUCGUGGACCUAUCAAACGUGUUUGCAAAGGGCCAGGCUUAUGUAGCCCUAAGCCGUGUUAAAACACUUGCUGGGUUAGCAAUAAAAACACUUGACCCAAAAAAGCUGUUGGACCGGCCCCACGACGAAUGUUCUUUAACUGAACUUAAACGUUUGCGGGAUCUUCAGCAGUAA